AUGACCACUCAAAGCGCCAUUAUUGUCCAAGGACCUGGCUGUGCGACGCUGGCAGAAAAUGUCCCCCUCCCUGUGUUGCCGGACGAUUACAUUCUCGUCAAAACUAAAGCUGUCGCUUUGAAUCCAACGGACUGGCGCCAUAUUGAUUUCGUGCCCUGUACCGGGGCAACCGUGGGCUGCGACUAUUCGGGAAUAGUAGAAGCCAUAGGUCGGAGCGUCAACAAGGCUUUCAAAAAGGGUGAUCGAGUUGCUGGCUUCGUACAUGGUAGCAAUGCCGUUCGCCUCAAUGGUGGCGCAUUUGCUCAGUAUGUGAUUGCGAAGGGCGACCUCCAAAUCCUGAUACCUGAGUCCAUGAGCUUUGAGGCGGCAGUCACCAUUGGUGUUGGUUUAACAACCGUUGGUUAA